ACAUGACGCGUGACCCCAUCCUUACAAGGUCCUUACGGCGCAUGGGGUUUAGCGGCAACCCAACAUUCUCCUUUCUUACCACGUGACAGGAAGUUCCUAGACUACAACUACCAGAGUGCUGCGCUGCGAUCAUGUGACAGGACCGGGUCAGGUGACCGAGGAGCAGCAGCUGAGCAAAGGAGAUCGUGGGCGGAUGGUGGCAGCGCUCUCCUGGCAGGAUGUCUUUAGGAAACGUGGCCAUCAAUGCGGAUUACUCGUGGGAUGCGGGGGAGCGCGCCCGCCUGCUGCAGAGCCCCGUCCUCCCGGAGACCAGGAGGCUGGUAGGAGGCACGUCUGCCAUCGGAGCCGUCUUCAUUGUGGUGAACGCAGCGCUGGGCGCAGGCCUGCUCAACUUCCCUGCAGCGUUCAGUGCCGCGGGCGGAGUGACGGCUGGGCUAGUGCUGCAGCUGGUCCUGCUGCUCUUCAUCGUCAGUGGUCUAGUGAUCCUGGCACACUGUGCCGAUGCCUGCAGCGAGCGGACGUACCAGGAGGUGGUGCGGGGGGUGUGCGGGCGUGUUAGCGGGGUGCUGUGUGAGAUUCUCAUCGCGGUUUACACCUUCGGCACCUGCAUCGCCUUCUUCAUCAUCAUCGGAGACCAGCUGGAGAAGCUGCUUGGCGCCAUGAUGCACAGCCUGGAGGACCGGGACCUGCCCUGGUAUGCCGAGCGCAAGUUCACCAUCACCGUCACUGGAGUUUUGCUGGUACUGCCGCUGUCCCUGCCCCGCGAGAUCAGUGUCCAGAAAUAUGCCAGCUCUCUCAGCGUCCUGGGUACCUGCUAUGUGACCUUCAUUGUCAUCUUCCGAUGUAUACAUCCUACCAGCGAGCGUCCGUCUGACAGCGCCACCCGCAGUGCUUCCUCCUGGAUUGCUGUCUUCAACGCCGUGCCCACAAUCUGUUUUGGGUACCAGUGCCACGUCAGCAGCAUCCCCGUGUAUGGCAGCAUGCAGCGGCAGGACAUCCGGCGCUGGGCGGCCAUAGUGUCCGUGGCCAUGUUUAUUGCUCUGUGCGUCUACACUGGGACAGGUGUGUGCGGCUAUCUGCUGUUCGGUUCGGCGGUGGACCAGGACGUCCUCCUCUCCUUCCCGUCGGAUGAUGUGCCAGUGGCUGUGGCGCGAGCGUUCAUCAUCCUGUGCGUGCUGACGUCAUACCCCAUCUUACACUACUGUGGGCGGGCGGUGCUGGAGGGACUGUGGCUGAGGUUCACGGCACAAGAGGCUGGCGAGGAUCCAGUCAGAGAACGGCGCCGGAGAAUCUUCCAGACGCUGGCCUGGUUUGUGCUGACGCUACUCCUGGCACUCUUCAUCCCGGACAUCGGGAGAGUGAUUUCCCUGAUCGGAGGUCUCGCUGCUUGCUUCAUCUUCAUCUUCCCAGGGCUCUGCCUCAUCAACCUGAAACUGUCCGAGAUCCAGGAGCAGAAGAGCCGGAGCUGGUGGGCACUGCUCAGUUACGGAGUUACCAUGGUGACCCUGGGAGCCUUCAUUUUUGGACAGACCACAGCCAAGGCCAUCUUUGUGGACCUGAUGGGUUGAUCACCUGAGAUAUGACAUUCCCCUCCGCUUGUGUCCUGCAGAGCGUCGCACCUAGCAUGAUUACUAAUGCUCAUUCUCCUGGACAGUAACCCCGCUACAUGUGUCCUCCCAUAAUUCCCGGAUAGCUGCAGAAGGAACAGCAGAGCCCAUUCCGCUGCUGCCGCUUAUCCCUGUUUUAGCUGCUCCCUUCCCCAAGGUUUACUGAGAGCACAAGGACCAAGAUGGCGGCAGCGUGCCCGGCACUGAUCCAGCACCACAGUUACUUGGCGCUGACAACUGGCCCACAGAAGAUGCGGAUGCAGCAGAGCUGUGCGCAGCACCCCUCUUGUCACCAGUGAUGUCACUGCCCUCAGGGGUGGAGCUGUGUGCAGGGGAUUCUGGGAGAAUGCACCGCCUCCUUGCCAGCCGGGCGCAGGUGGCACAUUUCUUUAACUGAUGAACUUUUAUGUUUCUUGGUUUUUUAAUGAUUUUUAAGUUUUACUUGAACCCAAAAUCCCAGACUUUGUUUUACAUUGGACUGAUCUGCAUGAGACCCACUGGAGGGUAGAGGUGGCCCCUGGGGCAUGGCUGGGCCCCGGGUCUUGCCUUCUUCAUUUUUAUUUGCUGCUAAAAUGCCCCCUAGCCUGGAGCGUCAUCUGGUGGCUUCUGGCAGUGGGUGGGGGUUAACGGGGGCCCUGCCGCACAGAGAGCAUUACAUGGCGGCUCCUGUCUGUCAUCUGCAGUUUACCAUCCUGCCCCCUGAUUCUCACCUCCGUUUUCUAUAGAUGCCUUUGAGAGGGGUUUUCCAGAUCAGGGGCCCCGGUAAAAUAAAGGAAAACCCCAUUGUUUUGGUGCUGCGCUCUGGUCCCAAUCACUUACAUGACCUCUGUUGCCAAUCGCUGGCUUCAGCGGUCAUGUGUGCAGGAACGGCAUGUGGUCAGUGAUUGGCGGGACCAGUGACAUGAACAAUGGAUGGGACAGUUGGUGUGAAGGGGUUCUCCUUUAACUCCGUUUCCUGCUCUCGGACAGAUUUUUAAAGGUAAUGAAUGCCUCCUGAAACAUUAUUAUUAUUUAUUAAUUUUAAUCCUUGCAUUUCACUCAUUUUGGGCUUAAAAUCAUUUCUCCAGUUGGUCUUAGUGUGUCCUCUCCAGCUUCCAGUGUACCUGCUGAAUCUUGUCAGGGAGCUGCUCUGAUGGCUUUAUGUUUAGCCCCUAUCUCUGAACUCCUGACAGCUCAUAAACACUCAUCAUAACUAAACUCUUAUUGGUAAAUUUAGGGGGUGACAGGAGUUCGGAGAUGAGGGCUACACAUCAAGUCAUCAGAGCAGCUCCCUGACGGAUUCAGUGAGAGGCGGAAGAAGUAAUCUGCAGGUACACUGAAAGCUGGAGGGGCCACACUAAGGCCAACUGGAGAAAUGAUUUUAAGCCAACAUGAAACGCAAUGAUUAAAAAUGCCCUCAAACUUCAGCCAUUGCCUUUACAAAUUCAGAAACCCCCGUAGGGGCUGCUCACAGAGCAUAUUACAUGCGUGUGUCAGGGCCCCACCCCAGGUUUAACUAAGCCACCAUCUUCGAGAGCUCUUGUUUUGUGGCUCAGGAGGGGUUAAUGUCACAUGACCUUGUUGUGGGGUCCUCAGGUUUCCUGCAGCCACUGUACAUGAGGACCCCCGGACAUCUGCUGCUGUGGUCUUCAGGACUCGGUGCUAUUUCAUGCUGUUUAUGUUGACAAAUCUGUGUGCAAUAUUUUACACAAAUAAAGGGAAUAUGAUUUCAA